UCUUCACUCUAGCCCUAACUAACAAAGAGAAAAACAGGCAUGAGAAAGCUUGAAGAGAAAAUCCCUCUUAUCCUUCUCGUCCUUUUUAUGGCCUUCCAAUUUGUUCCGGCCACCCAAAAACCCUUCAGAGACUCUAAACCCUGCAAGCAGUUCAUGCUAUACUAUCACGAUGUGCUGUUUGGCGGCAAUGACCCCCUGAAUGCGACGUCGGCCAAUGUCACGGGACCAUCAGGGCUCGGGGCCUUUGACUUUGGCAAGGUGGUAGUGUUCGAUGACCCAAUGACGAGGGACCAGCACCUGACUUCCCCUCCCAUAGCACGUGCCCAGGGCAUGUACUUCUACAACAUGAAGAAGGUCCCCAACGCCUGGUUUACUUUUAGCCUGGUGUUCAACUCGAGUGAGCACAAGGGUACGCUCAACAUCCUCGGAGCAGAUAUCAUAACUGCGAAGACAAGGGACCUGUCCGUGGUCGGUGGGACCGGAGAUUUCUUCAUGACUAGAGGAAUCGUGACUCUUGAGACGGAAGUGGUUGAGGGGACCAAGUAUUUCCGCCUAAAAAUGGACACUAAGUUGUAUGAAUGUUACUAACUAGCUUAUUAUCAUCGCACGCCUUGAGAUAUAAAGAUCCACCAUCAUAUAUGUUACAAUAUGUUUUAUUUCAUCGGUCGUGAUAUGUUUUUCCUUUCCUCGGUCACAAAUAUAUGCGAGGUAAGCCGUGGAAUUAGUAGGCAAUAGGGAAAGGAGAAGAUGUAAUAUUUGUUGCCUUGUACUAUGUAUACCUGGUAAUAAUGCUAUAUUUGGAAUGAUAGUUCUAGUAUAAGGAAAUAAUGUUUUGCUAAU